AUGGUUAUGGCACCUUCCUCAAUUCUACUACACUCAGAAGACACCAUUAUCGAAAAUUACGAUAGAAUCAAUUCUGGAACUGACAGCAAUUAUGGCGCUGGAAAGCCAUUCGUAUCAAGUAAUGGCGAGUUAGCCAAGAUUAUGAUCAAGAAGGUUCUGCACGAGCAAAUUGCUCGCAUCGAUACCGAUACCUGCGAUCCGGACGAGGAAAACGCUUUCUACGUUGCAGAUUUGGGUGAGGUCUAUCGCCAGCAUAUACGAUGGAAGAGCAAUUUGCCACGCGUCAAACCAUUCUACGCGGUCAAAUGCAACCCGGACACCGAAGUCCUUCGACUUCUUUCGAAGUUAGGAACUGGAUUCGAUUGUGCGUCAAAGGCGGAGAUCGAUAUUGUUCUUGGCCUUGGAGUGGACCCAAGCCGCAUCAUUUAUGCUCAACCAUGCAAGACCAAGUCCUAUCUUCGUCACGCUGCACAGGCUGGCGUCGCACGAAUGACCUUUGACAACGCAGAUGAGCUGUACAAGAUCAAGAACUCGUUCCCCGACGCCGAAAUUGUCCUUCGAAUCUUGACUGAUGACUCAGCUAGCCUCUGCCGCCUAAGCACUAAGUUUGGAGCAGAUUUGGACACUGCUGCAGAUCUUCUUCGUCUUGCCAAGCAGCUCAACCUCAAUGUCACUGGCGUGUCCUUUCACGUUGGUUCCGGUGCUGCUGAUCCCAGUGCCUUUGCCAAAGCAGUCAAAGAUGCAAGAUGGGUCUUCGACCAGGCAGACGCGCUUGACUACAAGCUUAGCCUACUUGACGUUGGUGGUGGCUUCACAGAUGACACAUUCGAGAUCUUCGCUAGCCGACUCAACGAAGCACUCGAAGAGUACUUCCCUCCUCACAUCCAGGUCAUCGCCGAGCCGGGUCGCUACUACACCGCCAACGCGUUCACCCUAGCCACCAACAUCAUCGCCCGUCGCGAUGUCAGCUCAGGCCCUGGUACUCCAACCUCCACCGCGUCCACCACAUCCAACGCCAGUACCCCUAGCACCACCACCGAAAAGUCUUACAUGCUCUACCUGAACGAUGUUCCUCAGGUCUUGUAUAGCAGCCAGGCUCGUGAUCUCAACAAGCUGAUCGAGUAUAGUAUCUGGGGUCCAACUUGCGAUGGUAUCGAUGUCAUCUCCGAGUCCUGCUACUUGCCUGGCACACUCGAUAUUGGUGAUUGGCUAUACUUUGAGAACAUGGGCGCAUACACCAAGUGCUCGGCAACCCGCUUCAACGGCUUUACCGACAAGCAUGAGACGAUGUACGUGUCAAGCGAGGCUGGUGCGAGUGCACUCCUUGGAUACUGA